UUAAACCCCAGAGAAAUGCCACCGAAUUUUAAUAACCUGGGUGCUAAUCCUGAUGGAAAUUUCAAUUUUCGUGCUCAACAAUCACGAGAAAUGCCGCAGAACCAAAACAAUCAACGAUUCAACAACAAUCGAGGGCCAAAUCAUGGACAACGUAAUAAUGAUUAUAUGACCAAUCUAGAAGACAACCUAGAUGGAACUCCAAUGAUCGAUCAACGUCAAGACAUUGAUGACAACUUUUUGGAGUCCAGGGACCGACCCCAUUCUGAUUAUCGCGAAAUGCAACCUAACUUGUCUCCACAAAUUGGUCGCAAUUAUCAGCGCAUUGUCAAUAAUAAUCAAAUAACCCUUUGUCGUCAAGAUUGGAUUGAAGCUAAUAGAAUGGAACUAGAUAAUCGCAAUAGGCCGAAUAAUCCCAACUUUAAUGACAACUUUCGGAGACGCCAAUUUGAAGAUCAAGAUCAAGGUUAUAACGAUGACCAAAUUAUGGAAGAUAGUGAUCGCUUUCGUAGUCAGCAGCAGCAGGAUGACUUUGGAAGACCGGGUUUCCGAGGUCCAGAAGAUCAUGGAAUCCGAACAUCUUUCAACGAGUUCGAGGGUAAUCAGGGAAACAUUAUAGUUCAGCGGAACAAUAAUCCUAAUUACCAUGGACGUGGACGCAACGAUCGCAACGAUAGGCGUCAUUUCAAUGAUGAUAACUAUGAGAUCGAUCGUGCACAAUCGAAUGACUCUGUCACAUUCCGAGGCUCAAAUAACUUCGAUGUUUCCGCUAAGCGGUAUCAGCGGAGAUCGGGUUCGGGAGAUCGUCAUCAUUCCCAACCUGCCAAUCCCAAUCAAAACCGAUCUAAUCAAGGCAGAAAUGCCCCAAAUCCCAGACAAACCAAUACAAGUCAAGAUCAAGCAAUGGCCAGGAACAAUUAUAGUUCAGGUCAAAACCAAAGAUCAACUUCAAAAGCCAGUCAAGAUCGCAAUCCUAAGAAAAUCCCAAGUACAGGCGGGUCGAGAACAAAUGAAGACCGCAUCCCCAGAUCAACUUCGUUAGCAAGUCAAAAUCGAAGCACAUCUGGUGGUGACAAACCUAAACAAGAUCGCAUUGCUGCAUCCAAAAGUGUGAAGCCUGGAGAUGCCAACCUAAAGAAACCAAUGCAAGCAGGACAAAGGAAUCUAGGUGGUGUUAAACAAAAUCGUGUCUCGCCCCAAACCAAAUCAAACCGAUCGGCAAGUGAAGCCAAAACCAACUGCGGUGCAUCAAAGACAUCUACGUCUAAAGAAGCCAAGUACAAUGCGUCUGCGGAGAACGCACGUGUUGGACAAAAGAGAAAAGUAGAGAUCAAAGAGUCCGAGUCGAAUCGUCCCUCAAAAGUGGAUAACAAACGCAAAAAGAUGACCCCGUCGCAACCUGAAUUUAUAAUCGGUGGCAUCAGCCUGCCAUACAUUAAUAACAAUAACAAGAAGCUGCCACAAAGCGAGGAUAUGUCUUAUGCAGUGACCUUUUUCGAGCAGACUCCGAUAUAUAAUACAAACAUAUAUGUCCUCGACCAUGGCCAAAUGGAUGAUGCCCAUGAAGAGGAGUCGGAUGCCGAGUCGCUAGGCUCGAACCAAUCAGGAUCAAAAGGAAACAAACUGAAUUCAAAGAAAAUUUUACAAAACAAGCUGAAGAAUGAAUGGCUGGCUAUCUAUCGGGGAAUAACUACAAAGACUGGUAUGCGUGGUGGAAGGAUUACAAGUGGUGCGGCACCGAGAUCAACAAAGAGCUGGCCAAGUUCGGCGAUCGCACUUUGCACGAUCGAUUUAUUCCCAAGUAUCCAACCACGGAAAUUAUGGUCCGCGAGGUCUUCAGAUGCGGCCGCAAUGGUCUUGAGAAGAAUACGUUCAAUCACUCUGGCAAUAUGCGCUCAAUUUUUAUGAUAAUGAACGAGACGUUUCUUGAGGCUCUAACCGAUGAACAGAAGGAGCAACUGCAGGAUCUAAUUCGUUGCA